AUGUCUAAGAAGGGCUCAGGCAGCCGAGCCAAGGGGGACAAGGUGGAGGCUCUGGCGGCGCUGCAGGCGGCCAACGAGGAGCUGCGAGCCAAGCUCACCGACAUCCAGAUUGAGCUGCAGCAGGAGAAGAGCAAGGUCAGCAGAGUGGAGCGUGAGAAGAACCAGGAGCUGCGACAGGUGCGUGAGCAUGAGCAGCACAAGGCGGCCGUGGGGCUCACGGAGCUCAAGACCAAGCUGCACGAGGAGAAGAUGAAGGAGCUGCAGGCUGUGCGUGAGACGCUGCUGCGGCAGCAUGAGGCUGAGCUGCUCAGGGUCAUCAAGAUCAAGGACAACGAGAACCAGCGGCUGCAGGCGCUGCUACACGCCCUGCGGGACAGCGGCCCUGACAAGGUCAAGACUGUGCUCCUGUCGGAGGCCAAGGAGGAGGUCAAGAGGGGCUUCGAGGUGGAGAAGGUCAAGAUGCAGCAGGAGAUCUCGGAGCUCAAGGGCGCCAAGAAGCAGGUGGAGGAGGCCCUGACGCUGGUAAUGCAGGCGGACAAGAUCAAGGCUGCAGAGAUCCGCAGCGUGUACCACCUGCACCAGGAGGAGAUAGGCCGCAUCAAGAAGGAGUGUGAGCGGGAGAUCCGCAGGCUGAUGGAGGAGAUAAAGUUUAAGGACAGAGCAGUCUUCGUGCUGGAGAGAGAGUUAGGGGUCCAGGCCGGCCACGCGCAGAGGCUGCAGCUACAGAAAGAGGCUCUAGAUGAGCAGCUGUCCCAGGUCCGAGAGGCCGACCGGCACCUGGGCAGCCCCAGGCGGGAGCUCCCUCAUGCAGGCGGUGCAGGAGACGCCUCAGACCACUCGGGAAGCCCUGAACAGCAGUUGGAUGAAAAGGAUGCCCGGCGCUUCCAACUGAAAAUUGCAGAGCUGAGUGCAAUCAUCCGGAAGCUGGAGGACCGCAACGCCCUACUGUCGGAGGAGAGGAAUGAGUUGUUAAAGCGUUUGAGAGAAGCUGAGAGCCAGUAUAAGCCGCUGCUGGACAAGAACAAACGCCUCACUCGGAAGAACGAGGAUCUGUCUCACACUUUACGUCGGAUAGAAAACAAGUUGAAGUUUGUCACCCAGGAGAACAUAGAGAUGAGACAGAGAGCCGGGAUUAUACGAAGACCCAGCUCCUUAAAUGACCUUGAUCAGAGUCAAGACGAGAGAGAAAUCGACUUCCUGAAAAUGCAGAUUGCUGAUCAGCAGAGCCUCAUAGACGAGCUCUCUAAGACCCUGGAGACCGCCGGAUAUGUGAAAAGCGUGUUAGAGCGUGAUAAGCUUUUAAGAUACCGGAAACAAAGAAAGAAAAUGGCAAAACUCCCCAAGCCAGUUGUCGUGGAGACCUUCUUUGGCUAUGAUGAAGAAGCUUCCCUGGAAUCCGAUGGCUCUUCCAUCUCUUAUCAGACGGACCGGACGGACCAGACCCCAUGUACCCCAGACGAUGACUUGGAGGAGGGCAUGGCCAAGGAGGAGACAGAGCUGAGGUUCCGGCAGCUGACCAUGGAGUAUCAGGCCCUACAACGUGCCUACGCCUUGCUGCAGGAGCAGGUCGGAGGGACCCUGGACGCAGAGCGAGAAGUUAAGACGCGUGAGCAGCUACAAGCAGAAGCGCAGAGGGCGCAGACGCGCAUAGAGGACCUGGAGAAAGCCCUGGCGGCGCAGGGGCAGGACAUGAAGUGGAUCGAAGAAAAGCAAGCGCUGUAUCGAAGAAAUCAGGAACUCGUAGAAAAGGUAAAACAGAUGGAGACAGAAGAGGCCCGGCUGAAACAUGAGGUCCAAGAUGCCCGAGACCAGAACGAGCUGCUGGAGUUCAGGAUCCUGGAGCUUGAGGAGAGGGAGAGGAAGUCGCCAGCCAUCAACUUCCACCACACCCCCUUUGUGGAAGGGAAGAGCCCCCUCCAGGUGUACUGCGAGGCUGAAGGCGUGACGGACAUCCUGGUCUCUGAGCUGAUGAAGAAGCUGGACAUCCUGGGGGAUAACGCCGUAAGUAAUCUGACCAAUGAGGAGCAAGUGGUCGUCAUACAAGCCAGGACAGUCCUGACCUUGGCAGAAAAGUGGCUGCAGCAGAUUGAAGAGACAGAGUUGGCACUGCAGCGGAAGAUGGUGGAUCUGGAGAGCGAGAAGGAGCUGUUCAGUAAGCAGAAGGGAUACCUGGAUGAGGAGUUGGACUACAGGAAGCAGGCCUUGGACCAAGCCCACAAGCACAUCCUGGAGCUGGAAGCCAUGCUGUACGACGCCCUGCAGCAGGAGGCUGGGGCCAAAGUGGCCGGGCUGCUGUCGGAGGAGGAGAGAGAGAAGCUCCAGGUGGCUGUGGAGCAGUGGAAGCGCCAGGUCCUGAGCGAGCUGCGUGAGCGGGAUGCCCAGAUCCUGCGGGAGCGCAUGGAGCUGCUGCAGGGGGCACAGCAGAGAAUUAAAGAGUUAGAAGAGAGAAUAGAAGGUCAGAAGAGACAGAUAAAGGAACUGGAAGAGAAGUUUUUAUUUUUGUUCUUAUUUUUCUCCUUAGCUUUCAUUCUCUGGUCGUAG